UGACAUUAUUUUCAUUUCAACUUUAACAUUAUUCAAUACCUUGUUUUCUUCUGUGCUUGAAUUCCUUUGUGUAGUGAACAUUUUACAAAUAGGACUUAGUUCUUUUUAUUUGUGCGUAUGGUUUCUAAAUAUUUUUCAACGAGAGGACAGAACUUAAGUUAGGCAAUAAGUUACCUGGAAUAAUUUAUUCCCAACGAUAUCAGAGUUUGUUGUUAAACUAAUUGUCUGAUUUUUUUAAUCGAAAUUUACUUAGAAUUAUUAAUAAUGGAGAGAAUGAACUCAUCUCCAGAUGAAAACACAGGUACAGAGGAAGAAAAUGAAACUAUCACACCGGGGACAGAUCAAGGUAAUCGCAGAAAUGUUCAAGGAUAUUCCUCAUUUCCUACAACUUCCUCCAAUCUAAACCAAAUGGAGGAAAAAAUGCGACGUAAACUGCAGUUUUUCUUUAUGAAUCCAAUUGAGAAAUGGCAAGCAAAGCGAAAAUUUCCAUACAAAUUCGUCGUACAGGUGAUUAAGAUAAUUUUGGUAACUUUCCAAUUGUGUCUCUUCGCACAUAACAGAUACAAUCACGUUAAUUAUACUUGGGACAAUCGGAUUACUUUCUCACAUCUUUUUCUACUCGGAUGGGACUCUACAAGAGAGAUAAACGCCUACCCACCUGGAGCUGGACCCUUAGCUGUUUAUAAAAUUGAUGAAUUUUACAACACAUUGGAUUAUGCAUAUGCAGGAUACGCUAAUCUGUCUAAUGCUAUUGGCCCAUAUUCAUACAACGAUGACAACAACAAUAUGCCUGACCCAGUUUUCUGCCAAUACAACUAUAAGCAAGGUAUUAUACAUGGGUUCAAUGAGAGUUAUGAAUUCAACUCGGAAGUCAAUGAAACUUGUGUAAAUUUUACAAUACCUAAUGGCCAAUUACUUAAAUCCAAACAAUACAUCAAAGAUGCAGGCAUGGAGAUUAAUUUUGCAGCAUUAGUUAGGGCUAAGUUAAUGUUUUCUCUAAAAACUAUAAACUUCAGAGCGGCCGGUCCAAUCACACCACCAGAGUGUGUCAGAUUUGACAUAGAAAUUAUAUUUGAUAAUGAAGAUCAUGAUGGACAGAUGUCUCUGGUUCUAGAAGCAGAGCCAUAUAAGCUAGUCUGCAAUGGAGAUAAAAACUAUAUCACAGAUAAUAAAAUCGAUCAAAUUUUACGUAGUAUUCUUAACAUACUGGUAAUAUUAAUAUGUUCUGCAUCCCUCAUGUUAUGUAGUCGAGCUAUAUAUCGAGCACAGCUCCUAAAAGAACUGACUGUGCAAUUUUUCCGAAGAGCAUAUAAUAAAGAACUUAGCUGGGAUGGUCGACUAGAAUUCCUCAAUAUAUGGUACAUAAUGAUCAUUGUUAAUGAUUUACUCAUUAUCAUGGGAUCAGCAAUAAAAGAACAAAUCGAAAGGAACCAAUUUACAAAUGAUCAAUGGAAUGUGUGUUCUUUAUUCUUGGGUUUAGGUAAUUUAUUAGUCUGGUUUGGGGUUCUAAGAUAUCUAGGCUUCUUCAAGACGUACAAUGUUGUUAUACUAACAUUGAAAAAGGCAGCACCAAAGAUAUUUAGAUUUUCCUUCUGUGCUUUACUACUUUAUGCUGGAUUUAUGUUCUGUGGCUGGCUUAUACUUGGUCCGUAUCAUAUGAAAUUUAGAUCUCUAGCUACAACUUCAGAGUGUUUAUUUUCUCUUAUUAAUGGAGAUGAUAUGUUUGCUACGUUUUCGAUCAUGUCAAAGAAAUCACCGAUGCUCUGGUGGUUCAGUCGUGUGUACUUAUACUCUUUUAUAAGUCUUUAUAUUUAUGUUGUUCUGAGUCUGUUUAUAUCUGUAAUAAUGGACGCAUAUGAUACGAUAAAACAGUACUAUAGCGAAGGUUUUCCCAAGAGUGAUUUGCAGACUUUUAUUGGUGAACCCUGUAUAGAGGAAGUAUCGUCAGGGUUGUACAGAACGCAGAGUUCUUCUUCGUUGAAUGCUAUAAUGAAUUCAUUGUUCUGUUGCAAUUUAUAUAGAAGUGCUUACUCAAAAAUAGGUGGUAGAGGUUCAAACCUGAAUAUAUUGUAGGCUCCUUGUUAUUUAAGUUUUUUUAUUAAAUAAUUUUAAGGAUGCUGUUAUGUUUUGGCAAAUUGUGAGGAAUUUUGCAUGUGUUGAUGUGAAUUAAAAAAGGCUAAGUCAUAAAAUGAUAGGUCACAUGGAAUAUUUAAUUUUUUUAUGUGUAAAUGUUAAUUAUGUAAAUAAGAAAUUUGUAAAUGUGUAAAUUAUGUCAGUUGCCAGUGUAACCAAAGAUUGAAAAAAAUGUACCGGUAACUAUAAUUGGAUUGCCAUGAGAUUUAUAUUUAUAUACUAUGCAUGUAUUUGUAAUAUAGAAAGGAAGAAAAUAAAUUUAUGUAGUAAACAA